AUGACAUACUUUUUGGUUUCACAUCAAAUUGGUACCGUAGCAAUAAAUAAAAGAAAUAUAAGUUCUGUUAUUUGGAAAGAUUCGUUCCUAGAAAACAUUCUUAAGAACAUUAAAAGGAACGCGAAUUAUAAAAGGUUAUUCGGACCACCAGCUGAGGCGGUAGUAAAAGAAUUGGACUUAGCGGGAAAAACAUGUCUCAUAACGGGCGCUAGUGGUAGUAUUGGAUCAGAAGUAACGAGAUGUCUCAGUUUACGAAACUGUAAUGUCCUAAUGGCAUGUCGUAAUGUUUACAAAGCUAAACUUGUUACCAACAAUACUUGCGAGAGAAAUCACCUCACGUUUUAUCAAGUCAACUUAGCAUCCCUGGCUUCCGUUAAGACUUGUGCUGAAAACAUCCUCGCAAAUGAAAAGAAAAUAGAUAUUGUUAUUUUAAAUGCUGCUACGUUUGGACUACCUUGGACCAUUACAGAAGAUGGGCUCGAAACAAUUUUUCAAGUAAAUUUUUUCAGUCAGUACUACUUGCUCAUGUGUCUCGAUAAAAUUCUAUCAUCGGAUGUACGAGUUGUGUUUACAUCUUCUGAAUCUCACAGAAAUAUCAACUGGCCCCUGUCACCUACUUUAGAAGAUAUUUCAUUACCACAGGAUAGAUACACUUCCAUUAAGUCGUAUAAUAUAUCGAAGCUAUGUGGCUUAUUGCUGAUGCAUUAUUUGAGUUACCUGUGGUAUGAAACAGGAAAAAGUGUUUUCUGUGCUCAUCCUGGUUCAUUUAUUAAAAGUGGUUUAUGUAGAAAUUGGUGGGCUUACGAAGCACUGUACAUACUUAUGAUACCAUUUUCUAAAUCGAUAACGCAAGGCGCUAGUACGAUAGUCUACUGCGCCACAUCACCCGAACUGAAAGGCAUGACUGCAGUUUAUUUAAAUAAUUGCAAACGGUGUGAAGAAAGUGAUUUGGCAAAAGAUUUUAACAUGUCAAUUAAGAUACACGAUCUUGUACUAGAAAUAUUGCGUGAUCGUGUUGAUAACUUUGACAUACUUUUUAAGAAUUACAGCUCUCUUAAAUAAAGAAGUAAUAAUGAUCUUACCCAUAAUUACUGACAUGGUUUUUCGUCUUUGAAUCUCAAUAAUGAACUAAUUGUUUGAAUAUGUAUCUAUGUAUGUAGUUAUAAUAAACGUAAGGAUUCUUUAAAA